CCGUCUGUCUGGUUGUAUAAAUAAAACAUUCAUUAGACGACGUUGAACCACGCGAUGUGAAAUGCGUUGCGUAGAGUUCGUUCGUGUCGGUGUAGAAACGAGCCCCCAACAAGCUGUUCAAGAACAAGAACACGAACAAGACGAUGAAAACUGAACGAUACCAACAUGCCAACGUGUGGAGACAAAAACAAAAAUAUUCCAACGUGUCCGGUCCACACGGUCGUCUUGCGAUCGUGAACGAAAAGCUUAAAUAAUUUUUAUUCUUAUGAUCUCAUUUCCGAUGUUCUUGAUCGUGGCUCUUGGUCACAUUGUUAUGCGACAUGAACUUGCUAGUGGUGGGGUUUGAAGCAGCGUCACUAGAAGGAUUUUGUUAAACUAGCUGGACGUGUUUGAUAAACAAGUUCCAUUGCCACCAUCACACAGUGCAAUGUGGGCGAAUGAAUAAAAUAUCAACGACUGUAGAAAACCCCGAUACUGAUGAUGUUCAAAGCACUUGAACGUUUGCUUCCACUUCCAGAGAAGGAAUGUUUCUAGUCCAAUAAAACAGUAAUUACUGGGAGACAUCUUUUCAGUUGGACAUCAUACUAUGCAUUCACUUGAGAUUUUAAAAUGUUACACGAUCGUAGAUUUACAUUAAUGAUUACGUCCCAUUUUAUAUUUUCCUGUGAUCAUUCAUGUGCUCAUAAGAUUUAAAGUAGAACACACAUGUUCUGAUUAACCAAUCGAUUUGGAUUGUUUGUUCAAAAGAGAAUAACAUGAACGGAUGAACUUCUCAAUAGCUCUACGACCAUUGCUGGUUAAUGCGUUUGUAUGUCUUUAGAUUUCUCUUGUUUAAUUACUGACUAUCCAUUACGUGAAUAGCUCAAUAGUUAGCUCCUGUGUGUUGGGAGCACGUUUUUACCACACUUUUAACGAUCCAGCCCAAACCAGGUGUGUUGUAGAGUUGUACAUUAACGAUUUUUGUUUAAUUUGACCGUACGGAAUGAUCAAUUCACUUAUAUGAUAUGUUUUCAAGAAAAUCGCAAAAAAUACUGUUCACAAUCACUCUUGUGAACAAUAGUGCAAUUUUUGUGUAAAUGCACUUAUUAUGCUAGCGAAAACGGGCAAUUCAAAUCCCAUCGGAUGUAAACACGUUACCAUGGCGUUACGAUGUGCUUUUUGAACUACACACCAUAAACACGAGGGGCGUUAGGAUGUUUUGCUGUCAGAUCGUUGAUUGCGUUUGUUGAUAUUUUAAUGGAGCACAACAACAUUUUCGUCUGAAAAGUGUCGGGCCGGCAAACAAGCUGAAGAGGCGUUAAGAAAACGAAAAAAAAAGAAUCGUACGAUGUGUGGUCCGUUUUCUCCAUCAGUCGGCGUGUACCGCCAGCAGGCUUAACGCUUUGUAAAUAAAACAGAUCUGCUCGCUGUGAGGAAAUAAGCCCAUUGCCAAACACAUCAAUGUGCCAACUGUGCAGUUUUGUCUGGUGAAUCAUGCAGUUUUGGUUCGAUAUACUCCUGUUGCGUGGAAAAGUAGUCGGGGAAAAUUUGCAAUAGAAAUUGCUUCACCGCAAAACAGGCAGUAAAACAUAUAAAAUUUCGAGUAAACACGUGUAGGAGGCCAACAGCGAACCAUUUGGAAAAAAGCAAAAUUCUACGUGCAAUAUCAAAGCUAAAGUUCGGCAUCGGGUUUCUUAUCAGUAACACUGCAACAAAACCAUAUCGGAUUCAACAUGCGAUAACGUGACGGCAGUGAGGAUCAAAAGGAAUUAAUCUUCGAUUCUGUUACCAUUCGGCAAAGUGAUAGGUCUGGGCAAAUAGUGUUAAACUUGGGUGUACCAUUACAUCGGAAUUUGUACGCGAACCUGCCUAGCGGGACAAGUGCGAAACGAUGUUCAAAAUCGAAUCCUACAUCACACCCAUCAUCUUGAGUUACGUUGAGAAGUACGUGAAAAACAUCCGUCCCGAGGAUUCACAGCUAUCGCUAUGGGGUGGGGAAGUGGUGUUCCAAAACCUGGACCUCAAGCUAGACGUUCUGGAGGAAGAGCUGCAAUUACCGUUCAAUUUUCUUUCCGGUCACAUACAUGAGCUCGGUAUACGGGUACCAUGGACAAAGAUUGCCUCGGAACCGAUCGUCAUCACCAUCAACACGAUUGAGUUUGUGUUGAAGUUACGCGACACCAAUGAGCGAAACGUCGUGCCAAAGCGUGACCCUCCGCGGAAGGGCAAAAGCACGGAAGAAGCUCCUCCACCGGGCUACAUGGCAUCGUUGAUAAGCAAGAUAGCCAACAACAUUACAAUCCGAUGCCACAAUGUGAUACUAAAGUACGUCGAGGAGGAUAUCGUAGUUUCGAUGAACAUCCAGCAACUAUCGAUGGAAUCGGCCGACGGGAGUUGGAAUCCGGCCUUCAUCGACAUGUCCCCGACAAAAGUAUCCCUGCGAAAGCUGAUAAACAUCGUCGAUCUGACGAUCUGCUUGGACAAACGAAAUUCAGCUGGCAAGAUUGAGGUCUGCCAGGAACCGGUCCUAUACCGCAGCACGCUACAGCUGCGUAUGCUGGUGAAGUACAACGCUUCAUCGCACGAUCGCUCGUCGUUGACACGCAUUGAUGUACAUUCCAAAUUCCUUGAUUUUAACGUGUCGUCGCAGCAGUUUCCGAUGCUGAUGCGUUUGUUCGAUCUAGCGCUGGCGCUAAAGCAGGGCAAAAUAAAAACCGAACCGCUGCAACCCAUCCCUGAGGGAGGUGUAGAUGAGGAAGAUGAAGCCGGACAGGAAUCAUUGCUUUCGUGGGCCUGGAAUCUGCUUCCUUCUUUCUUUCCCGAGGAAAACGAAAGCGAUCAUUCCGAGGAGCACGAUUUCCGCGUACUACACACCGGACUGUACAUUGAUCAGCUGCGAAUAAUCUUCAAAACGCAGGAACUGAUCGGCGAUGGCAUGGUGGGAACGACCAAGAAGAUCAAGUACCAUCCAAUAUUGCGUUUCGAUUUUCACAACUUUUACGGUGAAAUGAUAGCAUGUGGACUGAAGUGGUUCAAUGUCACGCUGGGAAUAUCGCGCGUACAGGUGCAAUCGCUAGAAGACUGUCCCUGUGGUCAUCGUGAGGGCAGUGUGAAGGAAAUUUUCGAAUCCCUCGUAUUGCACCAACCGGGAGAGAGUACAACCCAUCUGGAGCAUUCAUUCUUUAGCGAUAAUGCCGGCGGAAAUCGGAAGUACAACGUGAAUUGGAACUAUCAUCUGAGUAGCUUCAGUCAGGAGCAUUUGUUGCAGAAAUUUCCCGCCAUUGCUAUCGAUAUCAUUCACGAGGUGCAGCUACCCGACGAUAGAAGAACGUCCGAGUUUGGUAGCGAUCUGGAAUUUAGCAAUCUGGCAGAAAAGUACAUGAUACGCGUCUUUGUGGGACGCUUUCGGGCGAAAAUCUCAGCCGAUACGAUUCAUCGAUUCCAGAUGCUUGCAUCGUACAAAGAUUUCUACGAGUAUCCACCAUACUAUGAGGAUAAGCCGAUGCCAACACUCUCUCAGCUGCCACCACCUUCGGCGGAAGAUUACGAUGCACUGAUGCAUGAAGUUCCUUUACGACAGAUUCACAUUACGCUGCAGAGUCCCACGGUUGAGCUGCACUGCUUCGAUCAUGGCCAGGAAAGCUUAUUGCUUCGAAAGCCCAGUAGCGGAAAGAUACAAACACCAGCUACGAAACCAUCCCUCACGGUGCAGCUUAAUCGGGUAGAAUGUAACAUCCUGGCACCGCUUUACCCGAAUCGGCUCGUGUACACUACCUGCCAGCUACCGGAACCACCGGCCAAAUUGUUCGAUGCAUGUUAUCAAUCGAUAUCCGGUAACUUGGAGCGGCUACAGAUGGAGCUUCAUCAUUCGCGAUGGAACGACGCGACAAUAGCUACAGCGGUCAGCAUGAACUAUCAGCAGCGUACGCUAAUCCAUCCAUCCCUGUGGCCAAACGAGGAGCUUAACAAAACGGAACACAACCUAACUGUGACAGAUUUGAAGAUGGUCGUCAAUCCACUGCAAGCGCUGACGGCUUCUUCCAUCGUACAGUCACUACUGGCGCACCAGGACACACCCAACAUCGGCUGGGAGCCCUUGCAGCAACAACAAAUUCCUCUUCCCACAGCGGAUCUCCUUCUUUCCUUCAUUCAUCUGCGCAAGGUUGAAGCUGAUCGUACGGAUUGCUACAAGCUGCUGGCUCGCAAUUUAAAGCUGCUCACGUAUCAAUACGAUGCAGCAAACGAAAAAUCACUCACCGCUCUAUGGCCAGACCAUUCCACGGAGGAAGAUUUUCUUACUGUCAUACUGCAGCUUCCCAAGCAGCUCGAUGCCACCAUCGAACAUCCACCGCUACUGUAUGCAAAAUUAUUAGAUCUAAGUCUGAAUUUGGAUCCAAAUUUUCUUGCCUUCCUCGAGCUCUGGCAACGGGCGGUUCCAUUAAUGGAUCGGGCCGUUUCCAAUCGUCGAUUCGGUGCUUCUUCUUUGAAACAUUCCCAUCGUUCGGUGCAAGCGAACCUGCGGCCGGUGACAAGAAGCGAUGAUAAGAAGGAACAUUCUGCGCCGGCUACUUCCGUCCAUUCGAGCUCGGGCAAAGGGGCUGGCAUUCCCGGAGCGGGUCCAAUAGUGCACGGACGGCCAACGUCUACCAUCGGGGUGGACGAUGUUGAACCGAAGCAAUGCACCGCCUCACCGGACGGUGCUGCUGCAAACACUGCCGAAGAUAAGCAAUUUUGGGCGAAGCUUGCGAAAAGAAUGAUCUUCCAUCUGGAAGUGAGCCACUUUACCGUCUGUCUUCCAUUAAACAAUAUUAUAUUCCACUCACUGAGCGACUCGCUGGAGGAUGAGUUUGGGCAGAAUGAAAUAUUCAUGAUCAAACUUCCACUGAUUUCGGUGAAUUCCGCCUUCAAGUGCCAAACACUGUCCGGUUACAUCAACCGGUUUCCGAUCAGUAUCGCUAAAUCCGUCUGGCCUUUGGAGAAGGAAAGUUUUCCAUGGACUAUUUCGCUCGCAAAUGCGUCCAGCUGGACGUACCAAGGUGGCGAGAUGAACAAACUGCUCGACGAAACGACCACAAACAUAUCGAUGGUGCUUACCUUUAGCGAUGAUCACUCAGUGAACGCUGCAUCCUGUUCCUCCGCUUGCUUCCACAUUGAUACCACCCCAUUCCGGGUGACUUUAAUGAAGGAACAGUUGGUACUGUUGCGUGCCACCUUAGAUCGAAUAAUGCAGCUUCCGAUGGUGCAAACCGCUGGAAGCGAUUCGAAUGAUUCGAACAAAGUGGACAGCGUCCAACAGUUUCUAGAAAUUCCCCAACUACCGGGAGGUGGUAGUUCGAUAGCGGCCAUCGAUUUGCGUGAAUUUCUCGACAUAACUCACAACUCCAGCGGAGGAUCGGAUGAAACGCUCAAAGAGAAAGCAACCACAGCGGAACAUGAUGGGCGCCGUCCAAUGCCAUCGCUGUGGCUACAGUGGACCUUCUCAAAGCUUACCGUUAGUUGCAUUACGCGGGAAGAGGAAACGCGUAAAGAACGUAUUAAACUAAAGAUCGAACUGGAGGACAUUAUUUAUUCGCUCGACAAACAGGAAGUAUAUUCGCAGAUGAAGGCAAAAAUUGGAGGCAUGAGCGGUGUGUGCUACGAAUGGCAAGAUAGUCCAUCCGGUACACACCAGCAGCCGUCUGGCGGAUGGGUACGUAACGAAGCCCUAGGCUUAACGGUGCAAACGGGAGAAGCAAGUGAAACGAGCAAAGCGACUGGUACGGAUACUUUUUUCAACAUGACGAUCACACGAGCAGAAACCCAAAACGUACACACCAAGUGGGACACGGUAAGAAAGUCACGCGAACACAAUGACACCCUCGUGGAGGUAUUGAUCAAAAUGGAACAGGUUGAUCUAAGGUUGGAUCUUGACCUGCUCGGUGAAUGUGUGCGUAUGAUGAAUGUUUGUCAACCCAGCACGUCACAGGCAUCGAACUUGGUGGAAAAGGACAUCAGUCACAAUUCGUGUUCAAAUUCGGUAUUAGGCGUAAAAGACUUACCUUUGAUACUGUUUGCCAGUAAGGGUUUUACGGUGUUUCUUCCAUUGCGCUCAGAAUCGUCCGAUGAUCGCGAUUGUUGCUCGGUGUACAUUAUGAAGAUCAAUUCAAUUACCGUGCAUCAUAAUGUAGAAAAUCCCAUUUGCCGGGUUCCGUUGCGCCCGGACGUGUAUACGAAAGCGGCUCAGAUGCGCAUUCUAAAUGUGCCUGGUUCGAAAAUAGAAGACCGUCAGUAUGAACUGCUGCUGAAGGAAAUCUCCCUGAGUACUGCCGUUUGGAGCGAUGUGGUUAAGUACUUGCACGAUCAACAAACAUCAACCACGCAUCAUGAUAAUCCAGCAUUCGAGUGGAAUAACCUUCAUCAAGGAGUGCAACGCACGUCUCAUUUCGACGUUGUAACCGUGUUUAAAGAGUUCAACUUUUCUGCCAUUUAUGCACCGUGCAUCAUCUACAAGAACGUGCUUAUCUGUAGCCGUGCGAUAGAACUAAACUGUAUGUCGGAUUUGGUGGUGGAUAUUGAUUUGGACCAGAUACAGCUCGCUGAGCGAUUGCUGAGUAAAGGCAAACAAAUUGGUGACUACAUGUUUCCGGUACCUGCCGAAUCUCCACGACAUUCUGUACCAACUGCUCGCAUGUCGCGCAGUAACAGUUCUAUCGAUACGGGAAGUCUACUUACUUUUGCUUCCAACGCACCAAGUGGCGAAGAUGCGAGCCGAGAAUCGGUACGAUCGUAUCGAGAUUCGGUACCGUCGACACGUUUCCGUCGCAGCAACUCGAAACUAUCCAAGUGUGAGGAAGAUUCGGGCCUUGAAUCAUAUCGAACGUCGGACGGCAAACGGCCGAUAUCAAGUGGGAGUAGAAAAAGUAGCACCCAGCGAUAUCGUAAAAUAUCAUCAAUAUCUUCCGAAAGCACUUCGAAACCGUUGCGAUCACGAACGACUUCUACAAUGGCACAAACAAACCUGACAAUCGUUCCGUACGAGGUGUGCCUUCUCGGUGGAUACUUUAAGAUAAAUGUGUUCACGCAACGAGAUCGCAUCAGUGUUAGGCCAGCUUUAAAGCUAGUCUUAGUACAACCAAAUGCGCUCGUAUCACUAAACUUGCUGGAACGGGUUCUUCAGCUAUCCCUGUUUGAUCUAACCGUACAAGUAGACGAACUUGCGAUCAUCAAAACGGUAGCCGGCGAACCGGAUGAGUUAGGUAUUCCGCAGCCGAUCGUUAAAACACGCUUCGUAAACAGUUUGACUAAGAGAAGUCGUGAGAUAAAGAUUGACUUUAAGCGACCCAUUAAGCUGACCCUCUCACACGUGAAGAUACAGAAGGUGAUGGAAUUAGUUGCAUCUUUGGACGAUCUUUUUACACCACCAAAAGUAAACAAAGAGCGUGGCGCGGGAACUACGAAACCAUUGCCUAAGGCGGUGGUUAGUAGAAACAAAUUUUUGCUCAUUAAAUCACACCUGUAUGAUGUUGAAAAGAUCGAAAUAAGUUUAUCGCAGGUGAUGUUGCAUUUGCUAGAGGAAGAUACUAACAAGCCGCCACUGUACAACAUGAAGCUGUCGUUUUCUUCCGUACACUCAAUGAUAAGGGUUCAAGAACGACCGGAGCGUAUCGUAUUCGAGCUAGAGCUGGCUGAGCUACUGCUUAGUGCUGGCACAUUCGUCAUUCUUCAUCCUUUUUCCUUCAAACUGCUGUUAACGCUUGCUCAGGAAUAUUGGAAGCGUGAUCCACUCGUUCAGAUAAAGCUGCAAUCAUCUUACUUACAAGUGGAUCUGAUUCCUUACAUCUUUCACCAAGUGGAGCUGAUUCAGAAGGUAAUGUUGGACGCACUGCGCAGGGAAGAAACUGACCGUAAAGAUUCGAUCUCUACGGUUCAAAGUGCAAACAUGACGCCAAGUCGCGAGUUGCUUAUACCCAUCGUACCGCCACGGUUUGAACAAAAGCGUACGAAAGAGAUGCAGGAGGAAUACUACCAGGAUGAUCUGAGAGCUGGAGCUUUUCAAUUCAUAGAAAGUAUGAAAGUAAACGAACUUCCUUUGCCGUAUCAGAUAAAAAUCAUCAAUCGCGAGGUAGGCAUCAUCUGUUGGCGAUAUCCUCAACCCAGAGCACUGCAUCAAGUGAUCGUUUAUCCCGUACCGAUGAACACAACCAAAUCGGUCAACAUCCAAUGCAAGCUGGAACAUUACGCAGACAUCAACGGUAAUUUCGUAGAGGUGUGCCAGUUCACACUUUCCGAGAAUGAGAAAACGUUUCUCAAGCUACCGCAGCGUAAAGUAGCAUCGGCCAUUUGGAGAAUAGUCAUGACACAGAAUGUGGUUUAUGACGAGGGAAUGGCUCGUGCACGAGAUGAAGAUGAUGAAAUGAUCGGCACCAGUGACAACGAGGACACAUCGCAGCAACGCAAUGCAAAUGGUUUGGGUAGAACACUGCUGACAACCAUCACCGAUGUGCUAACGGACAGUUCUUAUUUGCCCGGACAACGAGUGGUCAGCUUACCGUAUCGUUUGCAUCCGAAGAUCUUUGUCGCAUGUAUGCGGGUUGACUCUAUGUUCAGUGCUGCCUUGGUACCGAAUCUGGAAGUAACGAUCGAUUUAAAACCCGUACAGAUGAAUCUGUUCAACCAUGUGCAUCUGGAUCCGGAGCGCCAGCUGCCAAAACCAUUUGAACGAUAUCGGCUCUGCAGAGAAUCGGCAGAUUUCGGAGCACAUAAAUUCCUCAUGCUCAAUGCGCAUCGAUUGCGCGCUCAGUGCACGGUCUAUGACAACCUUGAUAUGUUCGUUGGUGCGGAGUUUAAUUUGCACUGCGAUCUGCUCGAUUACAAUUAUUUUACGUUCGAAAAUGCACUGGAAGUUAGCAACAUGAAGGCUUACGGAUGGAUCGGUGAGCGAUCAAUCGAGCUACGGACGAUAACGGAUGAUAUUUGCUUAAGGUACGGUCCCUCCAUCGGUUACAACCUAGCUGUGGCGGAACGAAUGUGGAAUCGAAGCAUGUCAAAAAGUGACGAAAGUUCACCGUUUGUGCUGUACAGCAGAUAUAUCGUUUGUAAUCGCACACAGUCCGGUUUAAAGUUUGGUCAAACCGGUACGACGGAAAUGGUAUACCUCGGUCCGAAUGAGCUCUGCUUGUACGCGUUUCGAAGUUGCCGGCAACGUCAGCAGCUGCAAUUGUAUUUCACCGAAGGGAACACACAGGUAGUGACUGAAGCGUUCGAUGUAUCAACCGACGGUUUGCAACAAGUUUGUGUACAAUCGAUCUACGAAGAGGACAUGGAAGAUGAAAAGAUGCUACUGAUCCGUAUCGAAUCGCUCUCGGUGGAUGGGACCGAUGGUAGCAGUAGUAACACCCAGCGUAGCAUUACGAUUGAAGGACAGAUCGGGUUUUACAAUAUGACCUCGCAGCGUUUAAAGUUUCAGUAUCGUUACUACAAAAUUGUGCCAAACAGUGACCGUAACUACACGACUACCAGCUUCCAGGUGGCAGCUGGAGAUAGUGCUAAUCUGUUCUCGCCGGCCAACAAUAAGAAUCAGCAAACGAUGAAUAUUGCGAUCGAUGGCGAGGAUGGGCGGGUCGUUUGGUCAGGUGAUGUUCCGUUGCGCGAGAUCAUGAACGGUGGAAGCAUGCCGUACCUGGUGAAGAUACCAACGUCCACGAUAACACGCGAAGGCUACAUUAGCUAUUGGGUGAGGAUCGUGCGCGAAAAGCUGGUUGAUAGUAAGCUAGCACCUGCAGUGAAUGGGGAGGUGCUGGAGCGUGUGUUGGUAAUCGUUUGGCCAUUGUUUAUGGUUGAAUCAUUCCUGACCGUUAACACCACGGCAUAUGAGGAAAAACUGAACCAAUCGUUUUCAAUCUACGGACAAGGACAGCGAAAGCAGCUUAACGUGGCCGGCACGUACUCGGACGAGCAUGAACUAGCUUUCCGAAUGGACUUUAACUCGCCCCAUGGUGAAGACAAACGAAAGGCCCUGCUAUCCUAUCGAUUGAUAGACGGUAAAACAUUUUUCCAAGUCCCGGCCCGGUUCCGUAACAUUGAAAAUGCACUGAUGGCGCUGAGGGAUGGUCGACGACUCCCUGAUUGGCCGUGCUCACGUGAGGAAGAGCUUCGAUGGCGACGGGAAAAUUCAAUACAAGAAGCAACAUUCCCACUGUACCAUUGUUCCGCGGCGUAUGAAAUGUCCUGCUGCUUGAUGCUCAACAUUGCACCGUGGGCAUUGUUCAUUAACCAGCUGGGAUGUGAAGUACGACUCAGGAAUCACACAACCAGUGAUGUAAAUAUUAUUGCGCCAAACAGCAUUAUUAUGCCGUUCCACGUGGAAACGGGUUUCACGCUAGAAAUGAUCGUGAGCAUUGGACAUUCACUCCAUUCGGAGUUGAUCUACAUCGAUAGCACGGAGACGAAGAAGCAAUCGCCCAACGGAUAUGCUGUUUUACCGCUGGAUGGUUCAAUCGAUAUCACUAUCCGCACGGAAUUCGGGAUUAUGAACUUAGUAUUAACAUCGCUAACGGAAAACAAAGUUCGAAUCUUCAUCUUGGCCUCACAAUUCAUCGUGACCAAUUAUUCGAGCAUUGAUUUACACUGCUGGUCAUUCGCGUUACCGUCCAACGAACGGUUGGAACAGUUCAAGCUAAGCAACUCUGGACCGCAUAGUUGCUGUUAUAGCCUUCCUAAAAAUAACGCAAAAAAUGAAAACCCCAAAGGUACCGUCAUAACGAUGCUUAAUAAUGUAUCACAUCGAAAAGUCAAGAUCAAGUCAAGCACCAACUUCAACCACUACCUGACCGUCUACCAGCGGCGAGAAAAUGGAAGCGAAUUCUCGGCACCAAUUUUCUUAAACAAACCAAUCGCCAGGAAGUCACUUAGCGUACCGCACGAAGAUCCAAUCGAUCGGCGACAUCAUGCACUAUCGUUGUCGAUCGUAUCGCAUCAGGGUCAGCAGCACGUAUCGAUCUAUGACGAUCCGUGUCCAUCGUAUGCGAUUGAAAACAGAACCGAUUUUAACAUCUACGUUGCUCAAUCGGACACGGUACACCCGAACAAGGCAGCGACUGCGGUUGCCGAAACGGUGGAAAGUAAUUUCUCCUGGUUUCAGACGGUAGGCUCCCGACAGACAGUGUUCUACACGCCACCGUCACUCGACGAUCAAUUUCCGGAACCGCAGGAAUCCGAGAUGGCACUAAUAUUUGCCUGUGUUAGUGGUAGUGCUAUCCGGUGGUCACACCCGGUAAAGAUCGAUGAGGAUAAGAGCAUCUUUCUGAACAUUCCUCUGUACGGAGACCUAAAGCUGGCGAUGAAGUUACGCAACCGGACGACGGCACUAGUGAUCGACUACAUUAGUCAGGAUUUAGAAUUUUCGGCCAAGGAUAUUCGGACGCGCCUUUCGAACCCGAUUCGUCCGCCGGAACCAGCAUCUCCAGCGGAAUCGAGCGAAACCUCACAGGGGUCAUCUCUCCCAAGCAAAGAUUAUCCAUCGAUCGAGUAUGGUUCCGAGAAUGAACAGACCAGCUCGGGUAAAGAACAGCUUGUACAGAGUUACUUCCGAACGGUGAUGAUCACGCUGUUUAAUGAUGAGUCUCUGCAAUCUUGCUUCAAGCAGGACAUUAUUUCGUUCAAUUUUGAGCGAAUCGGCUUCAAGGCAAAGCGUUGCAGCACAGCAAACCAAGCCACUCUGCACUGUGCCAACAUUCAGGUGGACAAUGAAUUGCACUCAAGCGGAGAAUACGAUUUCCCGGUCGUGCUUUGCAGUGAAGAUCACGAUACGAAGCAACGCAAGUUACUCGUCCAAUCUCCACCAAACCCUUACCGAUUGGAGGAUCAAUUGGAGCUGUUAGCAAAGGUAGCGCUUUGUACCGUCGAGUGUGAUCUUGUUGAGGAUGACGGCGACUCCGAUGGUGGUUGGUCGGGUGUGGAAGCAUUACGGCUCAAGAUCAAUCCAAUCAGAGCAUACAUUGAGGAUACGUACAUAAACGUCCUAGUCGACUACUUGAUGGAGUGUCUUCCAGCAGGAAUGCUUUACGAGCAGCGUGACAGUGAUAUGACGCCGAUUCGCAUCCGUUGCCAGCCGGGUGAAGUGCUCGUUCCGCGAGCUGUUAUACAGCAGUCAAGUUACCUGGCCGAACCAAUCAAGUUCCGGUGCGUACGUAUCGAACCACUUGCCGUGUUGCUUUCCGUGCAUGCCUGCAUGCGUUUGUACAUUGCGCUCGAUCACAGUCCGCUCGAAUUUGCGGCUUUUGAACGCCGCUCGGUUCGUUCGCUACCGAUCAAGUUUGGCAAUGCGGUCGGUAUGCAUUACCUGUCCGGGGCGAUCUUUGGUGGCGGUUGGGUGAUCGGUUCGCUCGAGAUACUAGGCAGUCCGAGCGGGUUGGCUCGCUCUGUAACGAGCGGUUUGCGCGACUUUGUAUCCCUGCCUGUGCAGGGUCUGUUUCGUGGUCCGUGGGGCUUUCUGGUAGGAGUAACGCAGGGUUCUGCCUCGCUGGUACGAAACAUAACCGCCGGUACGGUGAACUCGGUUACGAAGCUGGCCCAAUCAGUAUCGCGCAAUCUCGAUCGGUUAACGCUCGAUUCGGAACAUGUGCAACGCACGGAUGCGUUACGACGCCGUCGACCACAAGGCAUGACGGACGGUUUUACCCAGGGCCUGACCGGGCUUGGUAUUAGCCUGCUCGGAGCCGUUGGUGGACUAGCUCAUCAUCCGUUACAAGCCACUAAUCCGAUCGGUGUAGUGACGGGCAUGGGUAAAGGCAUUGUAGGAGCAUUUGCCAAACCGAUCAGUGGUGCGGCCGAGCUGGUCGCCCUAACCGGACAAGGAAUGUUGCAAAGCGUCGGCUACAACACACUGCCCACACCGAAGCUACAUUCGCGUCAAUCCUUGCAGCGACUGGAACCGAUACCGCACAAGGCGCUCUGGGAACCGCAAGCCGUCGGCGAAGGAUCGCUCCUCUUUACCGUUCAGGCAACGUUAGCUACGCAUGGCGAGUAUCGGUUGGUGCUGGUUGCUAUCUACAGUAAGGCCCUCGUACUUUAUGACGUACACGAAUGCCAACUGCUGGAGGUGCUCGAUCCGAAGACAGUGUUUUUCGAUACGGACGAGGAAAGCGAUGCGACAAGGCUCGUCAUUCGUGUACGUCCCAAGCUUCCACCACCACCCUGCUCCGACUAUGAUCAGUAUCCAAUCUCGAGCCGUACGUACGAUUUUGUGCGCGAUUCGACCAUGCAACUGCCCCGCAUCGUCGGUAAUGUGACGGUCCAGCAAUCGUACGGAAAAGCCGGCCUAGGAAACGCUAGAGCGAACGUGUCUGCGAAUAACAUGAGACCGCUGGAACAGAGUGAGGAAGCGGUGGGUUUAGAUGAUAGUGUGAUCGAACCAACAAUAAUCGAUCAGCGAUCCGUCGUGCUAGACAUUGCGCGAUCGUCCACUGCAAGUGGUGCAGACGAAGAAAUGGACCGAUCGGGACUGCUUUUGAACGAUGAAACGAGUUCGACGACGGCGAUAGAUCGAAUGCUGGAAGAUGAUUGUGAUGAGCAUGAACGGGACGGUUCAGCUGAUGAUAGUGAGCGUAAGAUAGUGAUAUUCCUUGAUGAAAAUCUGGUCAAAUAUCUCAUCACCUAUGUCGAUCUGUUAAAACGCACCGUUGACAGCGAGAUGGGGCGGGCUGCGGAAGAUGUCGUGGCUUUUCUUCCUUUCGAGUGUUGAGUGUUCUAGUUCCAGUCAUUGAAUUGUACGUAGGUAACGCAUAAGCAAGGGAUAAAUUAUUAGACUAGUGCAGUAAGAUGCCAGGGGCUGGGUAGACGUAUUAUAUACCUCAAUAAAAGGGUCACCGCAAAAUAGAACUAUGCAA